CUUUUCGACUUCUUCUCGUGGUUUCUUCAGUGAAGGUGACGCUUCAAAUCGGUUUUGGUUAAUGGCGGACCAUAGAGCAUUCAUUGAACCCUAAACCCUUCAUUGAAGCCUCUUUCUCGCCAGUUCUCAAAGAGCCUCCUCUGAGGAGAAAGGAUAACUAAUUGGGUGACCCAUUAUUAUGCUGUAAAUGAAAAUGUAGGGUCCACAGCGUAAAGUACCCAAAAUCCCUCUCAGAGAACCCACACAUGAGGCUGUGAUUGGGGCACGAUAUGAUCAUGGUCCCCAUUCACUCCCUUAAUUUACAACGUCCAAUACAAAGCCCACAAACAAAGAACACCAUGAAGAACAAACCAGUGGUUGAAGACGAGGAUGGUCAUCUCGAAAUCCUCAAGGCGGUGGCGCAGGCAUGGCAAAGUCACACCGGUACUUCAAAGCCUGCAAGUGAAUUCGACGCCCAUCGCCGCAAUUGCAGAGCCAAUCCAUCUCGGUUCAAGCUUGAGGCGAUACGAAGCCGGUCUUCCGUCGGUGGCAUGAGGAGAUGGGACUUCGGACAGUCGCUGUGGGAUUCGUAUGAGAUUGUGGCGGUUUCGAAGAAGCUGGAGACGGGGUUGGUGCUCGACGGCGACGGGUUUCGAGAGGCCGAUGGCGGUGGGCGGAAUCAGAGGAAACAGCGAGAGAGUUGUAAUAGUUUGAGAAAUUUGUUCAAUAGAACUUCGAGGAGAUUCAAUUAGCCAUUAUUCGAAGUUCCAACACUGAGGAACCGAUGAAUGAAAUCUCAACUUCAUGAUAAUCAUAUUGAGUGGUUGAGUUCAGAUUUUUU